AUGUUGGUCACAGAAACGUUCCAUGGUUACAUCGAAACGACCCAAGACGUCCUGUUGAUUUUUGAAGGUUGUCGUAGAGGCUUAUUACCAAGAAUAUGCAGAAGAUUGCAGGAAAGGGAACGUAAAAUGAUUAGAUCAGGCUCAAUUUUCGUUUUCGAUGAAAGAGAAUCAGGCAUUAAGCGCUGGACAGACGGUAGAGUUUGGAGCCCUUCUCGUAUUUUGGGCAAUUUUCUAAUUUAUAGGGAACUCGAUAAGAAACAAGCGGGUGAAAAACGUUUGUCAACCUCCUCAAACGCAAGUUUAAUAGAGAAUCCAUUGGCAGCAGCUAGGAGAAGUUUUAGCAUAGAUGGUGGUGGUGGUGCUUCUAUUGAUAGAAACAAGGAACGUCAAUUAGUCGGAAGCUUAUCCGAUUCGUACAGGUUUAAAGAAGAUGGGUUGAUAAAGAAGACCAUGUCAAUUAUCGUAAACGGUGUCGCUCAGCACUUGAUUUCAUACUAUGACCCUAACGAAGUACUGCAAGAAAAGUUACGCGCGCCCUCCUCCGUGCCUGAGCUUGCAAGCCUGGAAAUAUCCCCAGAACUUCUUGUGAAACAAAACUUCAGGAUUCCUCCUUUGGUUGAG